UGGACUCGCAGUGAUGGGCGGGACAGUGAGAGGCCCUAGUGGGAGAUUUAUUACAUGCCAAUUUUAACUUCUCACAGCUACCAGCUCUCCCUCACAGAACACAAAACUGCUGGGGGAACCUGCCUCUGUGUCUCCCUCACACAGCGUCCGGGCUUCAUCGGAGACAGCACGAAGCAGGAAGCAGGAGAGACUGGAAACUCGAAAGGAGUGAGAGGGAAAAGAGGGGAGAGACAGGGCUUCACCAGACAACAGGAAUCCGACAGUUAAAGGAGGUGAAUGGGCAGGCCGAAUUAAGAGUAACCUUCAUUCUUGGCUGUGAAUCGGCCACUGAAGACAAUCAACUGAUUUGUGGAAUAAGUAUCCUGGGCUUCCUCCUGCCAGACGGGAUCCCUGAAGGAGCAGAUCUCUGGGCUGGACGUUGACCUUUAACCUUGUUGGAGAUACAAGGAGACCUGAUUUGAAGGCUUUGACUGUGGCAACGAGUCAUUUUCCAGCCAAAGAGGCCAUCUUAGGCUCAACGAGUUGUCUCAAACCCCAACAUCAACCAGCUUUCCUGUCCUUGUUGUCCUUGUUCGAGCAGGAAGGCAAGGGUUGGCCAUGUCUUGGCAGGCUUGCUCUCUCUGGAGUUGGGUGGGAGCAAGGGCCCUGGCGUGUCUCCUCCUGGCCUUCUGCUCGGGCCUAGCCCCAGCCGCCGAGAUGCCAGGCUUCCCCCUCGGGUUCUCAGUCCCGGGCAAGAGCAACUGUAAGCCCAUCCCGCACACCAUGACGCUGUGCCACGGAGUGGGGUACAGUGAGAUGAGGCUCCCCAACCUCCUGGGGCACGACACCAUGAAGGAGGUGGUACAGCAGGCCGCCUCCUGGGUGCCCCUCCUCAGCAAGCACUGCCACCCGGACACCCGCAAGUUCCUCUGCUCGCUCUUCGCCCCGGUGUGCCUCAGCGAGCUCCAGGAGGCGAUCCAGCCCUGUCACUCGCUCUGCCGCGACGUGAGGGACAGCUGUGCCCCCGUCAUGCUGGCAUUCGGCUUCCCCUGGCCCGAGAUGUUGGACUGUCACCGCUUCCCGGCGGGUAACGAUCUCUGCAUCCCAUCCGCCAACUCGGAGGAGGAGAGCAUCCAGCAGGAAGAAUCAAAGAUCUGCGAUCCCUGCAAAUCGGAGGGAGAGGUCGAGGGAGACAUUCUAGCGAAUUACUGCAAAACUGACUUUGUACUGAAGGUGAAAGUCAAGGACAUCGUCUACCUCAAUGGAGAUGCCAGGAUCAUCCUGGAGCCCCGCAGCAGGGCGCUGGUGGCACCCGAGUCCAUGGAUCAGAGCGAGGAGCUGUGGCUGGCGGGGGGCUCGGCUUGUACCUGUGACGUCCUGCGGGAUCGCUCCGCUUCCCACCUGGUGAUGGGGCAGCUGCAGGGGGAGGGCAAACGGAUGGUCACUCUGGUCAGGCACUGGCAGGGCAGCAAGCGGGACCUGCGCAGGAUGGCCAGGGGCUUCAAGAAAGUCCGCUGCUACCCAGGCAACAGGAACUAAGGAAGGAACCCCCUGUCUGCGGCUGCUAUCACUCAGCCAUGGCUCUCUGAAUCUCCAACCCAGCCUCCCUUCCCUCCAUCAAAUACUCCAUCCCCAACAUCUCCGGCCCAGUCCAGAACAUCCAAACCUGUACCCCUCACACAGUGACCCUCCCUCACUGCCACCCCUCACACAGUGUGACCCUCCCUCAGUACAUCCCUCCCAGUGUGACCCUCCCUCAGUACCACCCCUCCCACAGUGUGACCCUCUCUCAGUACCACCCCUCCCACAGUGUGACUCUCCCUCAGUACCUCCCCUCCCACAGUGCGAACCUCCCUCAGCCACCCCUCACACAGUGUGACACUCCCUCAGUACAUCCCUCCCAGUGUGACGCUCCCUCAGUACCACUCCUCACAGUGCGAUGCUCCCUCAGUACCACCCUCCCACAGUGUGACCCUCCCUCAGUAUCACCCCUCCCACAGUGUGACCCUCCCUCAGUACCACCCUCCCACAGUGACCCUCCCUCAGUACCACCCCUCCCACAGUGUGACCCUCCCUCAGUAUCACCCCUCCCACAGUGUGACCCUCCCUCAGUACCACCGCACCCACAGUGUGACCCUCCCCCUGUGACCAUUUGUAUAUACUGUCCAGCUUGGGGAUUGUUUGCAUUUCAACACUUGACCCGUGUUGUCAGUGACCGUACACUGCUCUGGGAACUGGUGUAGUGAAACCCUUGCUCUGCCCUAACUUUGGAUGUCUCCGCUGGGAAUCCCGUCUGUAAUCCUUAUCAAGAUCAAGUUCAGCUUUGUUGUCUUCUGACUGUACAUAUAUACAACCAAACGAAACACGUUCCCCUGGACCACAGUGCACCCACACAACAUUUAUCACACGCAGCACAUAAAACAAAAUUAUUUCCAUAGAUAAUAAAAUAUAUUUCAAAAUAUGUGUAGUGUGCAGCGCAGGUAAACAGUGACACUCCCCUAGUGACAAGGCCUGGGUUGUGGCAGGGUAUCCAUUAAUCUCACAGUCUAGGGGCAGCUGUUAGCUCCCCAUUGCUGAGAGCUCUGAGACUGGCUGUACCCACAGUGCCCGAACAUACGGCUCACAAGCGUCUGAUCUGAGGUUUACAGUGUUGGGGGAAUAAAACUAGGGUGAAUCAUUCUCACUGGAAGCUCCUGUGAUAUCCAAAUGAAUCUGUUUAAAUUAGCCUCUCCCAGCGAAAUAUAAAAAAUAGCUGUAGAUUCCUGUUGCAUUGUGACAUGUACCGCAAAUCAGCAAAUUGUAAAAAUGUAUCCAAAAAUAAACUUUCUU